AGCGAUUGUAAAGCAGCCGUUGUUCUCACGCGGCAACGAGCGACAAACCGUGUGUUGCGUGAAAAUCACUGAACCGUGAAAGUAAUACCGUUGCUGCAGUGCCAAUUCCCAUCCCCGGCGGACAAACAAUUGCAACAUUCCCGCUACACACGGACGCAGUAAAUCACCAGCAUUAGCAAGCCAAGAGGCAGCUGCAAUAAGUGGAAAGCAGGCUCACAGCAGAAGAGCAGCUCAGAGGAAUCGUAAGCGUGUUUGUUGUAUGUAUGUGCAUGUGUGCAUACUUAGUUUAUGCAAAUACGUAUCAGCAGUGUAGCAGUGCGAAAUGAAGUCAACAUCUAGUGCCAUUUGGUGGAUAAAGAGUCCAAAGAAAACAUCGAAAAGGUCUAUAAAAAAGCGAAAGCAAUCAGUUGGCGCCAGAUUCAGCAAUGACAUGACGGAUCUAUUUCGCAACAUAUCGAUGCAUGCGUAUGGUAAAUUGGUUGACAACACAUUGAAUGUGUGGGAGAAAUUAAUAUGGUUGGCUGUGCAUUUAACAACAAUGUUCACGCUGUUUACGAUUCUGUCACUGAUAUGGGAACAAUUUGUCGCUCAGUACAUUGUCAUCAACCUAUCCAAUCCACUGUAUCCCAUUGAAUCCGUGGCAUUUCCUUCAAUUUCCAUCUGCUCGAACAAUAGAAUCUCAAAGCAAGCGGCAUUGGCGUAUGCAAAGGAGCUGUGA